AGCAGAGAAGGGAGAUCAAACGGGUAAGAGAGAAGUGCCGAUCGAGGAAGAUGGAGCACGGGAAACAUGCGGCGAGGCGGCCCAUUCCCGGCACUCGCGCGAGAACGAGCGGGUCGGCACGCCGUACACUUGCGGAUCGCGCGCACGCACGUGAUCGCAUGUGUUCUCGCGAGAAAUUAUUCCGUCCUCCGAGUGCUUUUCGUGUACUCGGCAAAAUUUCUCCUAAAGUCUCGGCACGACAGACUGUGUCGUGUGUGUUUUAUCUUUGUUAUCUUGUUCUUCUCUCUCUCUCUCUCUCUCUCUCUCUCUCUUCAUCCCUUUUUUUUCUUUACAUAUAAAGGAUAGUGCCUUUUCCGUUUUCGCUUCGUCGCGUCGCCACAUGGACCGUCCCCCCUCAGUCGCCUGGGGCGAUGAUCUCGUCGGAAUAAGUGAGUGAUUUUCGGUGUUCCCCGACGAGGUAGUAUUAUUAUUGUUACGUAUCGCCGAGAUGUACCGAAUAUACACACUCUGGUCGGCAACGAUCCACGAUUUCUCACGACUGUGACCCUGUGUUCCGAUCGCUUCCGACCGAUCGAUCAGUGAUCGCGUAGCCGAGAGAGGUAUCUUUGCAAAGCGGAGUGUCGCAGGUAUUGCCGCGAGGCCGCGGACAGAUUUCGCUGUGGGUGCUGAUGAGAACUCCCUGGGAGUCGGUCGAUGUGGUCCGUCGCGUUGGUGGAUUACAUCUCAUCGGAAUCGCAUUAUUUGUCGGUGGUGAAUUUCAUCAGCUGUCGGGGAAAGAAUCCGGGCGCUGGCAAGUGUGCGUACAGCGAUGGGUCACGUGAAAAACCGGCAGGCGUAUGAACCAGUGAAAAUCGGCGGCCAGGUCCGCUCUCGGGCUGUCAGGAAAAAAUUUGUCCCGUAAGAAGGAGAGAGGGCGAAGGCACGGGACGAAAGGUACGGAUCUCUGAGAAAGAGGGCGAAUACGCGAGAGAGUGUCGGAGAGCGACAAAGUCGCCGUCGAGGCAAGCUCGUUUUCGAGGCGAUCGCGAUCUCCAAAAUAAUGGGUUGAACUUUCGGACGGUGAAUUUUCCACGACACUCGCAGGAAGAAGAUGAAGCGAUCGGCAGGACGGAUCGGAUGAGCGGCUUCGACGUUCUGCAGCACGACGAGGCUCGCGCCUUCUCAACGAAUGAUGCUAAUCGAACUUGCUGAAUUACGUCGCGCUGAAAUCGCGUAACAACAGGCAGAAGAAACGACCGAACGUGGCUGGCGUUCUCACAGCUUGUGCUCGAGAAUGAAGGUAGUUGAGCAGCCGAAUGCUCGAAUGGCUUGACGACGAUAUUGUGAUAACGACGUACAGCACCUCUCGAGGCCUUGUUGGAAGCGCGCAACGGUGUUCUCGACGACUGUUCGAUACAAUAAUUGUUUUACAUUCGUUUCGUUCUGCGUUGAACGACAUCGCACGCACGUCGUUCGUGCGAUCGCGAUCUGGUUCGAUUCGCGAGCCGAGUGUGCAUCAUCGAUCUUCACCGCUCGAGCCGUGCUGAGAUCCUACUCUGUAUUAUUUAUAACACGUGGUGAGAAACUUCAUAGAUGCGCACAUUGUUCGCGCGUGUAUGUGUAAUGAAUAUCCGUGACUUGUAAGCGCGACUUACCCACGCCUUUGUCGCGCCUCCCGUUCUGCCAUCUGCAACCAUCGCGAACGAAUUAAAUUUUAUUAAGCCACUGUAUAAAUGCAGAUGCAAGUAGCGCACCAGGAAACGCCCGACGGGCGAGAGAGCCCGACAUAGACGCGAAGAGGCGCGAUACCCGCGGCUGACUGAAACAAGGAAACGCUGCUCGACGCGGUUCAAGGACCCCGUGAAGUCACGAGGAAAACGAGGAGUAACGACGACGGCGACUCGAACGAGCAGGAAGAAACGUUCGCAGUAAUUGAUCUGACAUCGAUCAUGUACGGGUCGAAGACACCUUAGGACUCGAGCCAAGUACAAAAUACAGAUUGCCGUAAGGCGAAAAGAAGAAAAGAAGAACACAACAGUCCGAGAGAGAGAGAGAGAGAGGAGAGGGAGAGGGAGAGGGAGAGGGAGAGAUACUCGAUGACGAAGCGCCGGACAAGCGCCAUCGGACAACAAGAUCGUCGUUUCGCGAGACUCUUCGUAUGCGACAGAACGGUCGUUUCGCUGAUGACAUUCAACGGCUCCGCUGAUCGCCGUAAAAUACGGUUUUGUCAUCAGCGUCAUCGACGUACGCGAGGUGACGACGACGGAGGAACGUUACCGUUACCGUGCUGGAUCGCGUCUGCCGGUGUGGCCCGAUAGUCACCGGAACGUACGAAGGAUCUUAUCCAUUCGUCUGUGAGUAACAUCGCGCAGACUGCACGUGUGUAACUCAGCGACGAAAACAUACUUCAAUACGAAAGAGAAAGGGGGAGAGAGAGAGAGAGAGAAAGAGAGAGAGAGAGAGAGAGAGAGAGAGAGAGAGAGAGAGAGAGAGAGAGAGAGUGAGAGAGAAAGAGACAGAGAGACAGACAGAGAGAAAGAGAGAGAGCUCGUGCAGGAACAACAACCGCCGAUAAAUGACAUUGUCAUUGAGAGCGCGACAGACGCGCAAGAAUCCUGAGGAUCUGUGGAAACUCUCUGGGUGACGACGUUCUCUCUGUUUAUCUUGCCUCCCUUCUCUCUUUCUCUUUUUUCUCCCUGUCGCGCGCACGCGGAAGUUACGUGGCGCGUGAGAGAAAACGAGCGAGCAUACACACACACACACACACACACACACACCCCCUCAGCUGACGUUGAUGUCGCGCUGACUCGCAGGACAAGAUAUUCACGACUCAUACGCAAAAGCGCAAAAUCAAAGGCGAUCUCCCUUACACGCGAUCUCACGUGCGAAUGCUGACCGCGGACGGGACCACCAGUGCGACGUGCCGCACGCUGUUCUCCGCUGGCACCGUGAUCCGUUCGUUACGCUCGCCCGUAAGAUGGACGUUUUCAAAAUCGAUCAGUCGCUGAGCGCGGGUUUGGGCAGCGCCCCGGCGCCGGACACCCUCACGCCGGAAGUGUCGUUCGACGCCGGCAGUGAGUUCAACCUAAGCUUCUUCGACGGCCCGGAAGAGAACAGUACCCAGGGCUUCAGCGACCCCGGUUCCGUGGGUAGCGCCAGCGCGUCGCCGCCCCCCGGCACACCCGGCAUCCCCGUUAAUAACCCGAGCGCGCCGCUGCCGAUUGUCCAAGUGCCUACCGCCGGCAUCGUCAUUAAGCAAGAACAGCAUUACGCGGCAGCUGAUUCAAACAGUUCUACGCCCGCCAAAAGUUUCGUACCCUGCAAGGUCUGCGGCGAUAAGGCGAGCGGUUAUCAUUACGGCGUAACCAGCUGCGAAGGUUGCAAGGGCUUCUUCAGGAGGAGCAUACAGAAGCAGAUAGAGUACAGAUGCUUGAGAGACGGCAAGUGUCUCGUCAUCAGAUUAAAUCGGAACCGUUGUCAGUACUGCAGAUUCAAGAAGUGCCUAGCCGUCGGCAUGUCCAGAGAUUCCGUCAGAUACGGCAGGGUGCCGAAACGCUCGAGAGAACGUGGUCCGGAGGACUCGAUGUCGACGAGUACAACGACGACGACCACCACUACCACUACCACUACAGGAAUGCAGCAACUGACUUCACCUGGUACUGGUAACAACAACAACAAUAACAACAACAGCAGCAGCAACAACAACAACAACAACAACAACAACAAUAGCGCCAGCAACAACAACAACAGUAGCCAAAACAACAACAAUAACAACAGCCAGAGCCAGAACGCAGUGUCGCGAGUACCGUCGGCAGCAGUGGCUGAAGCCGAUCAAUCAGAUGCCGACGUAAAAAUGGCCGUGUACGAUUUAAUCCUCCAAGUGUCGCAGGCGCAUCAGGCGCAUUGCGGCUUCACGGAGGAUUCGGUGAGAGGGCUCGUAAGGAAGCCGAUGAUAAUACCGGCGAGUAAUUCUUCGCAGCCCGCCAGUCCGGAAGACCCGGAAGCGGCCUCCUCCACGGCGGAGACUGUCGAGUCGCAGAGGAUCUGGUUGUGGCAGCAAUUCGCCGUUAGAGUGACGCCAUCGGUUCAGAGGGUGGUGGAAUUCGCGAAACGAGUGCCGGGAUUCUGUGAACUCUCUCAGGACGACCAACUGAUUCUAAUCAAGGUCGGUUUCUUCGAAGUGUGGCUCAGCCACAUCUCUAAGAUGACCACCGAUAGUUCGAUGACUUUUGAAGACGGCACAUAUAUCACCCGGCAACAAAUGGAAUUAAUGUAUGAGGCAAAAAUGCAGCGCAAGCAAGAAGAAAAUUGUGUGCCGUGUAUAGAGAGGAUGUGUUGACUGAACGCCAGUGCCAGAAUUGGUUUUCGAAAUUUCGUUCUAGAAUUUUGACCUCAAAGAUGCACCACGUUCUGAAAGGCCAGUUGAGGCUGAUGAAGACCAAAUAGAGGCAUUGGUGGACGCAGAUCGUCAUUUAACAAAACAAGAAAUUGCUGAGAGAUUGAAUUUAUCGAACAUUCGACCAUGGUUGAGCAUUUGAAACAACUUGGUUUCGUUUCAAAGCACGAUAUUUGGGUUCCAUACGUUCUCAAAGAAAGAGAUUUGAUUCGUCGCAUUAAUUUAUGAUUUGCUGUUGAAACGUAAGGAAAACGAUCCAUUUCUGAAGCAACUCACAACGGGAGAUGGAAAAUGGAUUGUGUACAAUAAUAUUAAAUAUUAAAUGCAAAAGAUCAUGGAGCAGACAUAAUGAACCAGCUCAAAGCACAUCGCUGAUGUCCAUCAAAAGAAGAUGAUGUUUUCUGUUUGAUGGGAUUGGAAAGGAAUGGUUUUUUUUGAGCUGCUACCAAACAACCAAACGAUUGAUUCGAAUGUAUAUUUUCAACAAUUAGACAGAUUGAAUGAUUUCAUCAAGCAGAAGAGACCAGAACUGGCGAACAGAAAAGGUGUUGUGUGUCAUCAUGAGCCAACGCCAGACCUCACAUAAGUUUAAUGACUAGCCAGAAACUUAGCGCUUGGAUGGGAUUUGCUACCGCAUCCACCAUAUUCACCUGAUUUGGCAUCGAUUAUCACUUGUUUCGAUUACUGCAAAAUUCUUUGGAUGGUAAAAAUUUCGAUUCAAAUGAAAGUGUCAAAAAUCACAUAAUUCAGUUUUUUGCCAAUAAGGAUCAGAAGUUCUACGAGCAUGGAAUUAUGUUAUUACCUCAAAGAUGGCAAAAGGUUAGAACAAAAUGGUUAAUAUUUAACAGAAUAAAACUUUUCUUCCUAUUAAAA